AGAGCAGUGAUGUGGACGACAGUGGCGCUGGUUGUGACCGUCUUGGUCUUCAUCUUCUACAAGAGUAGCCACAGACCUUCCAACUUUCCCCCAGGUCCACUGGUAAUACCAUUCCUGGGUCACGUGGUGUCUAUAAUGAUCCACAGUCUGCCAGUAGCAAUGAUGAAACUAGCAAAAAAUAUGGUAAUAUAGUCAUUUAAGAGCCUCGGAGAAUGGACUGUGUUAAUAUCUGAUACUGAGCUGAUGAGGACAACUAUGGCCGACUCUGCCUAUGCUGACCGUAUGCAACUCAUGCUCUUUAACAUCAGGGACCAGAUACUCUUGGGCAAGAAGUGGACUCAACUUGGCAUCAUCGGCACCAACGGGGAGGUGUGGAAGAACCAGCGUCGCUUCACCUUGAGGACUUUGAAAGACCUCGGCUUCGGGAGACGCAGUAUCGAGCCCAUCAUUACAAGUGAACUUGAGGAGCUGGUGGAGUACUUCACACAAAGACAAGGACAAAAGCUUAAUAUUGCGCUGUUGUUCAACAGAAGUGUUGUGAACGUCCUCUGGGCCAUGGUAAUAGGUAAGAGGUUCUCACACAAUGAUGCUCGGCUACACGACCUGGUAGACAAGGUGCAGAAUAUUGCCCAAAGCUUCAAUAUCUUCCAUCCUGCCUUACAGUUUCCCUGGAUUCACAAAGUCUUCCCAAAUUUAAAGGUGAUCAAGGACAUUGAAAGAUGUAUGAAGGAUCUAUUAGCUUUUAUUGAGGAGGAGACGGCACAGCACAAGAAGGAGACAGGUGGUGCUGAUGACCUCAGCAGUUACCUGGGUGCUUACCAGCUGGAGAUGAAGGAAGCUCAACGGGAGGGCAGAGAGACGCCGCUGACUCGGCCAAAACUUCUGGAGCUGUUUGGGGCCGGGAGUGAGACCACUUCAACGACCAUGUCCUGGGCCAUCUACCUGAUGGCGUGCAACCCCGAAGUUCAGCGUCGCGUGCAGGAGGAACUCGACCAAGUGGUGGGACGUGACAACCUACCCACUUUCGAGCAUAUGGACAGUCUGCCGUACACCACCGCUACCAUCUAUGAAGUGCAGAGAAUUGGUAACAUCCUUCCUGUAGGAGUGCCUCGUCAGACCUCCAGGGACGUCACACUCCAGGGGUACCACAUACCUAAAGGGACGGGCGUGAUAUUGAACCUCUCAGCAGCACACAGGGAUCCCAAGUACUGGAAAUAUCCCGACAGGUUCUACCCUCAGCACUUCCUCACUCCUGAGGGCAAGGUCCUCAAGCCUGACUCUUUCCUACCUUUUGGUUUUGGUAAGCGUGUGUGUCUGGGAGAGUCUCUGGCUCGCCUGGAGUUGUUCUCCUUCAUGACGACACUGAUGCACCGCUUCUCCUGGCGCCUCUCGGAUGAUCCUCGGGUUUUCUCGAAGGUAAACAUGAUACGAAUGCCGCCCUCCUACACUGUCACCGCCACCAGCAGGACGGAUGACUCUACGAUCACCAGGAAGGGAUAAGAUGCUUAUGAAGGAUUGUCUUCCAUUCUUGGGAAAAUGGGAGGUAAUCCAGUUCAAUCCAAGGAUCAACGUUCAAUUCCCUGGAUCAAGAGCCCCUCACUGGCCUCAAGGAGCUUCCCUUGAGGGGGCUUCUUUACAAAAUAUGUCAGGUAGUAACACCAACAGUCAAAGGCAGUGUUCAUGGUUGUUCAUAUCAUUAAUGCCUUUACUGUCAUAUUCUUAAAACUACAAACACUGUAUAGAUCAUUAACUGGUCAACAAAAUUAAAUUUUAGUUAGUAAAGUUUUAAAUAAAUUUAUCUGAACCCAUUAUAAAUGCUAAUUCCAGA